GUUUCCCUCCAGACACAUUUAAAUGUAUCACGGCGAAUAAAUAAAAUAACUAGAUUCUAGUCAUGUAUCGUUGCAUGUACCGUUCAAGUUUAAAUGUUGAAUCCAGAUGACAAUUCAGAAAAAAACUUGUUUCUAAAAAAUGGACGAAUGUGCUACACAAACCCAUUAUGCACCAAAUCACUGUCAAGGACCAGAGAAGAAAAGAACUGCUCUCUACGUCAGUGCACUUAUUACAGCUCAGCCAGACUACUAAAAUGCCUGAGACACAAUCUGCAGCCCAUCUGCACACAUCAGGCACUGUUACACCGCUGCAUAAGCUCAACUGUGCAGGGAAGAAGGGGGCCAAGUGCGUUCCCAGUAGUGGAUGGAUCAUAUCAGCUUAUUCACAGACAUGUAUUCGAAGUAAAUUUACAGAACAGCCAGGCAUGUCAACAAAGGUAUCUAGAACUUAAGGAAACAGCAUUAAAGGGUGGUGGUGAAAAUGCCAUUGCCCGACAUACACAGAGAAACAAGAAGAUGCUAGUCAGAGAGAGGCUCCACAUGCUGUUGGAUGAUGACGAUUAUCUAGAACUGUCGCUGUUUGCUGGACUGGGAUUACCGUAUGGGGACAUUAUAUCAGCCAGCUGUCUUACAGGUAUUGGUAAAAUAAAUGGGCUGUGGUGUGUAUUCACCGCUAUUGAUGCCACUGUGAAAGGAGGCACAGCAUACCCUAUUACAGUGAAGAAACAGCUUCGUGCUCAGGAAGUGGCCAUACAGAAUCGACUCCCCUGUGUUUACUUGGUUGACAGUGGGGGUGCAUUUUUACCUCUUCAGGCAGAUAUAUUUCCUGAUAAGAACCAUGGUGGCCGUAUUUUUUACAAUGAAGCUAUAAUGUCAGCAAUGAAGAUUCCACAGGUGGCAGUGGUCUGUGGGUCAUGUACUGCUGGUGGAGCCUACGUCCCCGUUAUGGCAGAGGAGGCAAUUAUUGUGCACAGGAUAGGGACCCUAUUUUUAGGUGGCCCUGCACUGGUUAAAGCUGCUACUGGUGAAGAAGUGACUGCUGAGGAUCUUGGAGGGGCCAGGUUGCACUCAGAGGUGAGUGGCUGUGUUGAUCAUUUUGCUGCUGUGGAGAGUGAGGCAUACGAGUGUACAAGGAACAUCAUCUCCACUCUAAACUUUAAACUCCCAGAGGAGGACAGCACUGAGAUUGAGGAGCCUCUGUAUAAUCCUGAGGAUCUUAUGGGCCUCGCACCAAGGAGCUACAACUUCAGCAUGGAUGUCAAACUGAUUGUGAGUCGACUGACUGAUGGCAGUCGUUUCCAGGAGUUCAAGUCUUUUUACGGAAGGACACUUCUAACUGGAUUUGCCAAAAUUAAAGGACAUUUGGUUGGUGUUGUCGCUAACAAUGGCAGGCUAACAUAUGAAGCCUGUCUGAAAGGAACCCAUUUUGUUCAGCUGUGUGACCAGAGAGACAUCCCUCUAAUCUUCCUGCAGAACACGGCCCCAGAACCUUUGCACACUCUCUCCCGAGACAAGGCAGAGUCCAACACUAUGGUACUUAAAGCUCUGGGUUCCAUGAUGUCUGCUGUGGCCUGUGCAUCUACCCCUAAGAUCACUGUCGUCAUUGGAGGCUGCCAUGGUGGUGACAGCUAUGCCAUGUGUGGAAGGGCUUUUGACCCCAACUUUCUGUUUCUGUGGCCUAAUGCCAAAGUGUCGAUUUUAGCCCCAGGCCAUGCUGAUGUUUUGGUGCAGGAUAAAGAGGAGGCUACACGCAUUAAUAAGCAGCUUAAAGAAGAGAGCUCAGCAAUCUUUUCAUCAGGCAGACUAUGGGACGAUGGUGUCAUUCUUCCCCAAGACACAAGAAAGGUUUUGGGCCAGUGUUUAAAAAUCAUCAAGCAACAGGAGUAUCAGCUAUCUCAAAGAAGGCCCAAAUUCAUCCCUCUUCGAAUGUAACAUCACUGAAAAAAGGCAUCUCACUAAAAUACAUGGAAGGUGUUUUCUAUAAAUGGACAAGACAGGAGCCAUCUUUUGAUGUUGUUGAUAUAUAUAUAUUUUUUUAGCCAGAAAAAAAUAUAUAUAUUUGUAUAAACAAAUGCAUUUUAAAAUGUAAAAGAGUGAUUUCAGCAAAUGUAAGACUUGGUUUCAGGCAUUAUCAUGGUUCAUACAUUAUCUUUUGAAGAUGCCUUUACAAGCUUAAUUAAUUUUAAUUGACUUUCAUUUGAGCUUAACAUUUUUUGUGACAUUCAAAAAAGUAAUCCAAUUUUAAGGAAAUGUACAAUAUUUAUUUUUGUACAUAUAUUCUAGAUGCAGUUCAAUUAACAAAAAAAAUAUUUAUUAUUGUCAUUCAAGCUGGUCAGUAACAAAUGACUUGCGGACAAACUUUCUGAUUAAGUGUGUGUAGAGGCCAUGCUGGCCUGUUAUUGCCUCUGAAAUGACCAGGGCCAGGGUCCUUAACUCCUGCCCUAAAGACUCAAUAAUCAGCAGAAGUUCCCUUUAUAGUAACUUGGUAAUGAAAAUGAAAUUGUGCAUCCCAAUGGUGCUCUAUUGGAUUGACAUCUGGUGACUGUGGUGGCCAUUUGAGUACAGUGAACUCAUUGUCAUGUUCAAGAACUCAGCUUCCGAUGAUUUUAGCUUUGUUACAUGCAAGACAGUCUUGGGCAAAUAGGGCUACGUUAACUGUAGUAGGCUACAUUUUAUUUCUUGAUUUUUCUGUGAUGCCAUCAGGAUGAACUCAGCACCACAAACAAAUUGGGGCACAGAAGAAAAAAGCUUUAAGGAACAUUAUUUAAGCAAAUUGUAGUCUCAGUUUCUCAGGAUUCUUGAUGUCCUAAAGGUUUACACCCCCCCCCCUCCCCCCCUGAGUGAUAAAUACUCAGUAGUAUCGUUCAUUACAAGGUGCUAAACUUUUUUUUCCCCUCUACAUGCAAUACAAAACUUUCUCCUUUGCAUAAAAUGCAUUAGGGGGCUGUUGAAUUUACCCCUAGUUUCAAUAAAACUCAUAAUUUUGUUUUUCUUGAAUACGCAUGCUAUUGUUUUGAAUCAGGUUUGUCUCUAGGAAAUAAAACUAUUAAAUUGUUGGUUUGUAUUUAAGUUGUUCACUUCUCGUUGUUCCGAGGAUUAGAUUGGCUUCCUGUUGGUUUUUAUUAAUUGCCCGUGUAUUCAGUUGGGCAAUAUGUGUUUACGAAUGUAUGAAAUUAUAGAAACAUUUGUGUUCCUUAUUAAGUAUUAUUAAUAUUGAGUAUUUUUCUGAUCAGAGACUUUAUUUCUUUUUUUUAAUUCAAAGUAUAGAGUGGUAACAUCAGAGACAGGGUAGAUGUAAAGGCACAUAGGAUUUUCUAUUUCCUAUGUGAAAUCUUCAUCAACUAAAGACAGUAGUAUAAAAAAAUUUAACAUUUUUGUAGCAAAAUGAAGUAACAAUGAAGUAUUGCAAAUAAUGAGCCUUAAGAUGAAGCAUUGUACCUGGAUCAAAGUGAUGGUGAAGAAAUGUUUUUUUGUUAAUUGAAUGAGUAUAAAGUUAUAAUCUGAUCUAGUCCAUGUUGAAUUUAAAUAAAAUUGACAUACUCUCAAGAUGUUUUCAUUUCGUGA